UGGUGAUGCGGAUUCUUCCUUUGGAUUGACAUUCCAGUUUCCCCUCCGCUUCAUUCUCGCUUCAUUCUCCAUUCAUCCUCGCUUCAUCCUCCGCUUCAUGCCACCUCCAACAAUUCAAAUGGAGGGGUUCAGUCUCCCCACUGAAAUUCUACGUGGCAUGGAGAGGAGGGGGUGGCUGGAAACACCUCCAUCUCUCGAGGAACCGAGGAAGUAUGUCCCGCAAUUAAACCUUUGUUGCACGGAAACCGCCAGAGUUUCACUGUCCAUUUUGAUACAUGUUUAUUACUCAUUUGCCUUUUUGUUUAUUAUGUCAAAGAGAAUUCAAAUCAUCCUUGACCUUAAUAGGUACCACUAACCCCAGUACCUCGAUAUAACCACCCAGUAUAUGUUACAAUCCGAGGGCACCAAAAGGGAAACAUGUGUAAGCCAAGGAAAAACACCACACCACACCUCUUGAUCAGGUGCAACAAAUCCCCUGCAUAGCCUUUCC